GGUCAUCCCCUCGCCGACGCCGUCUGGCGCCACCCGGGCGGCCGCCUCAUCGGAAUGUCUUGGACCGAUGAUCUCACCCUCGUCUGCGUCGUUCAAGACGGUACCAUCUACCGUUACGACCUCCACGCCCAACUCGUCGAACCUAACAUCUCCAUGGGCAAGGAAUGCUUCGAGCAGAACGUUGCCGAUUGCGUUUUCUGGGGAAACGGCGUUGUCUGCAUCACUGAGCAGAAUCAGCUCUUCUGUAUUCCCGAUUUUCGGAACCCUAAGCCCGUCCCCCUCGCCGAUCCGAUGAUCGAGGAGCCGCCGCGGUGCAUCGCCGUGAUCGAACCACAGUACACCAUGUCUGGAAACGUCGAGGUGCUUCUCGGAGUUGCUGACGAUCCUGUGGUGCUUGUUGUGGAGGAGGACGGCGUGCAGCGGCUCGGGGAGGGUUUGCUCCGGGGGCCGCUGCAGAAGAUGGUUGUGUCCCGUGACGGCAAGUGGCUUGCUUCGUUCACGCACGAUGGGAGGCUCUUGGUUACUACCUCGGACUUGACCGGCAUCAUCAUCGAAAGGGAGUGCGAGUCCUCUCUUCCUCCAGAGCAGAUUGCUUGGUGUGGAAUGGACGCUGUGCUGCUUUAUUGGGAUGAUAUGCUUUUAAUGAUGGGUCCCGAUGGAGAUCCGGUCCACUACUUCUAUGAUGAACCUAUAAUUCUUAUACCUGAGUGUGAUGGAGUGAGGAUAUUGUCCAACACGAGUAUGGAAUUUCUACAACGGGUUCCAGAUUCCACUGUUUCAAUCUUCACAAUUGGAAGUACAUCUCCUGCAGCUUUACUAUAUGAUGCCUUGGAUCAUUUUGAUAGACGAAGUGCAAAGGCAGAUGAAAAUUUGAGAUUGAUAAAACCAUCCCUUCCCGAGGCAGUUGAAGCAUGUGUUGAUGCUUCAGGUCAUGAAUUUGAUGUUUCACGCCAACGUACUCUAUUAAGGGCUGCUAGCUAUGGUCAAGCCUUUUGUAGUAAUUUCCAACGUGAUCGUAUCCAAGAGAUGUGUAGAGGUGGUGAUAAUGCACUGGGCAUGUUCAAAGAUAACUGCUUCAUUGUCUAUUCCUGAUGCAACACUUCUAGAUAUUCUGCUUGAUAAGUUAAAAUUGUGCAAAGGUAUAUCGUAUGCUGCAGUAGCUGCGCAUGCUGACAAAAACGGCCGUCGAAAGUUAGCUGCUAUGCUUGUUGAUCAUGAACCACGCUCUUCUAAACAGGUUCCUCUCUUGUUAAGUAUAGGAGAAGAAGAUACGGCGUUGAUGAAGGCAACUGAGAGUGGUGAUAUAGACCUUGUUUACCUGGUCCUCUUUCAUAUUUGGCAAAAGAGGCAGUCAUUAGAGUUCUUUGGAACAAUACAGGCCAGACCAUUAGCCCGUGACUUAUUUAUAACUUAUGCACGGUGCUAUAAACAUGAAUAUUUGAAAGAUUUCUUCCUAUCAACUGGCCAACUUCAAGAUGUUGCAUUUCUUCUGUGGAAAGAAUCAUGGGAAUUUGUGAAAAAUCCCAUGGCAAGCAAGGGAUCUCCACUUCAUGGUCCACGGAUAAAACUUAUUGAAAAGGCCCAGAGUCUUUUUGCAGAAACCAAGGAACAUGUCUUUGAAUCAAAGGCUGCUGAAGAGCAUGCAAAGCUGUUAAGAAUUCAGCAUGAACUUGAAGUGACUACAAAGCAGGCCAUUUUUGUAGAUUCAAGUAUAAGUGAUACAAUCCGAACUUGUAUUGUCUUGGGAAAUCAUCGAGCUGCAAUGAGGGUGAAAACAGAAUUUAAGGUGUCUGAGAAGAGAUGGUAUUGGCUGAAAGUUUUUGCUUUGGCUACAAUCAAGGAUUGGGUCGCCCUAGAAAAAUUUUCAAAGGAGAAGAGACCUCCCAUUGGUUAUAGGCCAUUUGUUGAGGCAUGCAUUGAAGCAGAUGAAAAGGCAGAGGCUAUUAAAUAUAUCCCAAAACUCGCAGACCCUCGAGAAAGAGCCGAGUCCUAUGCUCGAAUUGGCUUGGUCAAGGAAGCUGCCGAUGCAGCUUCGCAGGCAAAAGAUGGCGAAUUGCUCGGUCGGUUGAAACUAACGUUUGCACAAAAUGCAGCAGCGUCAUCGAUAUUUGAUACUCUCCGCGAUCGGUUGUCCUUCCCAGGUGCUUCGUGAGGCCUUGUCCCCUGGGUUUUUGCUUACGUGAGUGUUUCCGUACACUAAUUGCCCUUGUUUAUUUUAUUUUAUUUUUUUAUAUUUAUCGUGUAUAUUGUCUUAAAAAUUGUAUCUUAUCUGUCAAUAGUUGAGAGUAAUGUGUUCAAAUGGUUUCUGCUUUUUAUUUUUUAUUUUUUAUUUUUUCAACUUUGUUUUUAGAUGUCAAGGUGCCAUUCGCGGUGUGUGUGUAUUAUAUUGCGGGAUCGUCAAUGUACUUGUGUCAUACAGUGUCUGAUGAGUAGUGAGUAGUGAGUAGUGACCAGAGAUAAGUGUGUUGACCAUUGCAAAGACUUUGUUAGGUAUUAUAUUUCGUCCUAAUAAUGACCACAUUUCCUGUUCAAUUAUCAG